UAGAUGCAGUGGAGUCUGAGGUCUGCUGCAUCUGUCACAGCAGAACAAAAUUAAAACAAAAACAAAAACAAAAACAACGGAAGAGGAGAAAUGCUGCAGACUAUGGAACGCUGUAGGACUUUCUGAAACAUUUGCUGGGGAUUCCCGCGGAGCAUGAUCUUUUAAAACCAAUUCUUUUUGAAGCCGGUUUGGGUAACUGGGAAAAUGACAAAUAUGCUAAAUGCAGCAGCUGAUCGGGUGAAAUGGACCAGAUCGAGUGCUGCUAAAAGGGCUGCCUGCCUGGUGGCUGCGGCAUAUGCUCUGAAAACACUCUAUCCCGUCAUUGGCAAGCGUUUAAAGCAAUCUGGCCACAGGAAGAAAAAAGAAGCAGUUUACCCGGCUGCAGAGAACAGAGAAAUACUGCAUUGCACCGAGAACACUUGUAAAAAACCUUGUCCUGGAGUGAAUGCAGAUUUUUUCAAACAGCUACUAGAACUUCGUAAAAUUCUCUUUCCAAAACUUGUGACCACUGAAACAGGCUGGCUCUGCCUUCACUCAGUGGCUCUAAUCUCAAGAACCUUUCUAUCGAUCUAUGUGGCUGGUCUGGAUGGAAAAAUCGUGAAAAGCAUUGUGGAAAAGAAGCCUCGAACUUUCAUCAUCAAAUUAAUCAAGUGGCUUAUGAUUGCCAUCCCUGCCACCUUUGUUAACAGUGCAAUAAGGUACCUGGAGUGCAAAUUGGCUUUGGCCUUCAGAACUCGCCUGGUAGACCAUGCCUAUGAAACCUAUUUUACAAAUCAGACUUAUUAUAAGGUGAUCAAUAUGGAUGGGAGGCUGGCAAACCCUGACCAGUCUCUUACUGAGGAUAUUAUGAUGUUCUCCCAGUCUGUGGCUCACUUGUACUCCAAUCUGACCAAGCCUAUUUUAGAUGUAAUCUUGACCUCCUAUACGCUUAUCCAGACUGCUACAUCCAGAGGAGCGAGCCCAAUUGGGCCCACCCUAUUAGCGGGACUUGUGGUAUAUGCCACUGCUAGAGUUUUGAAAGCUUGCUCUCCCAAAUUUGGCAAAUUGGUGGCUGAAGAAGCUCACAGAAAAGGCUAUUUGCGGUAUGUGCACUCCAGAAUUAUAGCCAAUGUUGAAGAAAUUGCCUUUUACAGAGGACAUAAGGUAGAAAUGAAGCAACUCCAGAAAAGUUACAAAGCUUUAGCAGAUCAAAUGAACCUCAUCUUAUCCAAACGUUUGUGGUAUAUCAUGAUAGAGCAAUUCUUGAUGAAGUAUGUUUGGAGCAGCAGUGGACUAAUUAUGGUGGCUGUACCUAUUAUCACUGCAACUGGCUUUGCCGAUGGUGAUCUAGAAGAUGGCCAAAAACAAGCUAUGGUUAGUGAACGGACAGAAGCCUUUACUACUGCUCGAAAUUUAUUGGCCUCUGGAGCUGAUGCUAUCGAAAGGAUUAUGUCGUCAUACAAAGAGAUCACAGAAUUAGCAGGCUAUACUGCUCGAGUGUACAAUAUGUUUUGGGUCUUUGAUGAAGUAAAAAGAGGCAUUUAUAAGAGAGCUGCUGUCAUGCAAGAGUCUGAAAACCAUAGCAAGAAUGGAGUUAACAUAGAAUUACCCCUCAGUGACACAUUGGAAAUUAAAGGAAGAGUUAUUGAUGUGGAUCAUGGAAUUAUUUGUGAAAAUGUUCCCAUAAUUACACCAACGGGAGAAGUGGUGGCUUCCAGGCUAAACUUCAAAGUACAAGAAGGAAUGCACCUUUUGAUAACUGGGCCCAAUGGUUGUGGAAAAAGUUCUCUCUUCAGAAUUUUAAGUGGGCUCUGGCCUGUGUAUGAAGGAGUCCUCUAUAAACCACCUCCCCAACAUAUGUUCUACAUUCCACAAAGGCCAUACAUGUCUCUUGGGAGUCUUCGCGAUCAAGUCAUCUACCCUGAUUCGGUGGAUGACAUGCGUGACAAAGGCCACACAGACCAUGACCUGGAAUGUAUUCUACACAAUGUCCACCUCUAUCACAUAGUUCAAAGAGAAGGAGGAUGGGAUGCUGUUAUGGACUGGAAAGAUGUUCUGUCAGGAGGAGAAAAGCAAAGAAUGGGCAUGGCUCGCAUGUUUUAUCAUAGACCAAAAUAUGCAUUACUGGAUGAAUGUACCAGUGCUGUCAGCAUUGAUGUUGAAGGAAAGAUAUUUCAGGCUGCAAAAGGGGCUGGAAUUUCCUUACUAUCUAUAACGCACAGGCCUUCUCUGUGGAAAUACCACACUCAUUUAUUACAGUUUGAUGGUGAAGGAGGCUGGCGCUUUGAACAAUUGGAUACCGCUAUCCGUUUAACACUCAGUGAAGAAAAACAAAAGCUAGAAUCUCAGCUAGCUGGAAUUCCCAAAAUGCAGCAGAGACUCAAUGAACUAUGUAAAAUUUUGGGAGAAGACUCAGUGCUGAAAACAAUCAAAACCGAAGAUGAGACAUCCUAAUUUGUUUUGACAUGUUUUAAAAGUUAAUUUUUAGGUAAAGGCUCAGAGACACUCUGUUAUGUUGCAUGCAUUGUGUUUAAGCACAGAGAAAAAGGAAGGAAUGUUUUAUAAGACUUUAGCAUCAAGGAAAUAUAUGAUCUGACUUUUCAGAGGAAAAUAAACAAAUGCAUUAUGUGAGAUUAGUCAUUCUCGCUUAUACUAAUUCCUAGUGACGGCCUAGUUCACCUGUGAAACAAGAUUUUCUAGGUGAAUUUAUGAUGAAUACCAGAUUUGCUAUGUGUAUGUGAUGCAUCUGAAGUUCUUAACAAACAUGGGAGAUAUCUUGAGAAUGGAACAACUUAAGAACAUUAUUUGGUUUGAAAACAGGUGCAUAAAAUUAGAAGUUUGAGUAAUGCCUCAGUCCAUUUAUGGUUAUUAGGUUUAAUAGCUAGAAUUCAUGUUCAUCAUUGCGAGUGGUCAACUAAACCUGCAUACAAAAUAGCUGACAGUUUGAUAAAUAAUGUCAAUAUGAAAAAAAUUAUUUUAAUGGCAGUGGUUGAAAGAAAGAAGCAUGGCUGUAUGUGUGUAAAGUGCCAUAUCUUUAAAUUUUAGAUUUUCAGCAUCUUAAUGUGGACACAUAACAAAUUAGUCUUAAUGAGAAUCUUACAUAUUUGUUAAUAAACCCUUUCGUUUUAAAAAGAGAAUGGCCAAUACAGAAAAGGAGUAUCCAAACAACGUAUGUCUCAGCCUGUUACUUUGCUUGGCAGCAUUUUCUACUGCAACUUCUGUCUAGAAAUACUCAGCUUGUUUUUGUGCUCAGAGGAGGAGUCCACCACAUUUUUAAAUAAUAGCGCUAUCAUGGAAUAUAGGGGUUCUCCAAAUCACAGUAGUAAUAGCACACUUGAAAUAGCACUUUAGAAUUUACAAUCCUCAUUUAUAUCAUUUCAUUUUAAUUCUUAUGUCAAUCUAUUGAGGCAAAUAUUCUUUGCCUACUUCGCGUUUGUGGAAAUUGACACUCAGACUUGCCUUAAUUAUGCAAUUUAUUUAGGGACAGAUCCAAGGAUCAAAUAAAGUUCUCCUGAUUCCUUGAUCAUUGCUAUUUCCACUUUCUACUAUUAUCCUUGAAAUCUAACUGGACUGUAAUAUCAAUAAAAGUUAGAUGAGAUGUUGAAAAGAAAAUAAAUUUGGUAAUGAAAGGGCUGUUACUAUGUGGUUAUUGUUUACAAGACAUGGAAAUUACAUACAAAGUGGAAAGGUCAUUGGUCUGUGGUUUAAAAUGAACCAAGAAAGUUAGCAAAUUUUUCAGCAACUAUACACUCAUACUCAAUAUUGAUGUACCUCUAUAGCCAGCAAUCAGAAGGGAAAUUAGUUGUGUUAUAGAUAAAUUUUAAUAUUUAUUGAAUGUAAUGAGAAAGAAUCUGCAUGGAAUAAUCCAUGUGAAAUAAAGCUGAUCUAUUCAUGUGCCCUGGAGUUGGAAAUACAAAAUCCAGAACUGGCAUUUUAAUCUCCUACUGCCUAUGCCACCACAUUGACAGGCCAGGAAAAAUGAGAGUGAUCAGUUGUUAGCGGUUUUGGAUUUUAUUUACAUACUUAGACACAAUCAUAAGAGAUGCUAAGUCAGUGAUUCUCAGACUUUAUCAGGCGGUAGAGUACCCAGAAGUCAUUCAUGAUCACUGUAGUAGAACAUCAUGAUGUGUUCACAUUUGCAAUUCUUCCAUGCUAAUCAAGACAUGUUUAGUUAUCAACAAAUGUAACCAUCUUGUAUGAAGGAAGUCAGUAGAAAAUCAUAAUCAGUACAUCUGUCUAGGUUUUUCUGUUAGUAUCUUCAGGUACUCAGUGAGGCAAGUGUCAAAGUUUCAAAAAAAUGCAUGGACCCAAAAUUUAAACUUGAUAAAAAUCAUCCAUUAAUCUUAACUUCUGUGUUAGUGGGUAUUCAGCUUAUCCUGCUGUAGGAAACAGUCAGAGGCAAGUGUCUUGUUAACUCUUAAAGGUACAGGAAGAAAAUGAAAAGUCCUCAUUUGAAAUAUGUGCAUAAUUUCCAUGCCUUAAUUUUCACAAUUUGAAAUAUAAAGCAUUUAGGACCUGAUAUAUUGUUUUGAAACCUAGAAAUGAAUGCCAAAACAAAUAUUAGAUUUGUAAUUAGCCCUUAUUUGAUACAUCCUAUCAAUGAGCUGAAGUAAGAUUCAUUAUUUAUAAUGUACAGGAUUCAAGGAUGUUUAAAAUUCUGUACUAACAACUGUACACACUGUAAUUUAAAUGUUAAAAUUCUAAGAGAAACAUGGUUUACAUGAGAUUUUUGUGCCUAUUUAUUUUCUGAAUUUUCAUCAAGGACCAAUAUCCUCCAACUUGGAGGGGAAAAAAAAUCUGUGAUUUCAAUUUGUGUUGAUGUACCAUCUAACUGUUUCCAAAAUGGUCCAAUGGGUAUACCAUAUUUUGCUAUUCUUAUAGUUACAUUUUACAAAAAAACAUGAACAAGAUUAAGAUAUCAAAUAGCCAUCUUUGAAUACAGCAAAGGGUAGAUGAAAAGAAAAAGAAAGGAUAUUUCAAUUUUCAAACUACUUUACUACUUUUACUUUUACUACUUUUACCAGGUUAUCGAUUUACCCAAACUUUUGACUUCUGGGUUUUUUGGGUUUUUUGUCAAAGAAAGCUGUAAGUUUAUGGAGAUUGAUUUUUAAAUGUGCAAUUUUUGGCUAACUUCCAACUUGGAAAAUAAGUUGCAUUCUAUAAAAAUGUUGCAUUUUAUUUCUCCAGCAUGUAGUGUUAGGCCAAGCAUGAAUCUAAAAUUGUGUGCGUUCUUGUAAACAAGAUAAUGUUUAAAAAUCCCUCUCCGGUAAUCUCAAGGACAAUGACAUAUCCCGAUAUUCAGCCUAAGUUUACAUUUGUUUACAAUGGGGAAGGUUUUCCUCGACAGUAAUUUGGGUUUUGUUUCAAAUUAUGCUUUUCCAGUAAAUGUAUAAAUGAACAUGUUAGUUUUUUAUUUGAGACUUUGGUUCCAAGUAUAAUUUCAUAUUUGGCGAUAGGCGUCGCCUAUUAAAAUCUUUUUGGAAUAGUUUUUGAUUCCAUAAGCCUAGAAAAAUUUGUGACACAUUGGAACCCAAAAUCCGGAAAAUGUUACACACUUCUGAGGUGUGCAGAAUAUGGUAAUGAUGAUCAAACCAUUGAUUAAAAGAGAUACCUUUGAAAGAAUUACAUUAUGGCAAAUAUGGGUCUCAUUUAGAAAUGUGAAGUACUUCCAUAGACCCCAGGGUAUUUACAUUUCUGCUGAUAUACCCUUAGGUAUGUCGAAUAUGUUUUAGAGUUGUACUUGUCAUGUUUGCCACAUGAGAACUUUCAGAUGGAUGCAAAAAAUAUUUUUAUUAAAAGCAAAUUCCUUCUUCA